AUAGAUAAUCUGCGUAAUUGACGAAAACUCGAAAAGUAUAUUUUACUCAGAAGAGAAAAUACAUAACACAGCCAUCGACUUUGACCACAGAUCAGUAGAUCACCGUAGACUUGAUUAACCCGUUUUAAAAUCUGCAGUAUUUUCUUUUAUUAAAUUUCAAUGUCAUUGUGUUCUUUUUGUUUCUUGUUGAUUGUCACCAAUCACAUUCACAUCUAUUUUCGAUUUUAAGGAACAGAUUUCUCGUUUCUGAUUUCAAUUUUUGGAUAAUACAGCCGACUACGCUUCAAACAUGGCGGAAGAGAGCUUAGUUCAAGAAGUUACAGGGUUAUUACCACAACAGAACUGCGAAGAUGGAGUCCUCUUCCCGAUUGUUCUCUCACCAAACCCUAAAAUUUCGAAAGCUGUUCAGUUAACAGAAGCGAUUAAAGCUAACAGAGCAUGGUUAGACUCUCUACUCCAUCAAUCUGGUGCUGUUCUCUUCAGAGGCUUCCAUGUCUCCUCGGCUUCUGACUUCAACGACGUCGUUGAGUCCUCCGGCUAUGAAGAUUUUAGCUACGGUGUUGGUGGCGCAGGAUCCAGAACCAAAGUUGUUGGUCGCGUUUACACCGCUAAUGAAGCUCCACCUGAUCAAAACAUUCCCUUUCAUCACGAAAUGUCUCAUGCUCCUUUAUGUCCUUCCAAAUUGUUCUUCUUCUGCGAAGUAGAACCAGGAACUGGAGGAGAAACUUGUAUAGUUCUAAGUCAUGUCAUAUACAACAAGAUGAAGCAAAAACACCCAAAAUUCGUUCAAGAAAUGGAACAAAAAGGAUUGAUUUACACACGAGUUCUAGGAGAAGAAUCCGAUCCAUCAUCACCAGUUGGCCGAAGCUGGAAGGAAACAUUCAUGACAGACAACAAGAUUGUUGCUGAAGAAAGGGCUACAAAGCUAGGAAUGAAACUAGAAUGGAUAGAAGGUGGAGUGAACGUUCUGAUUGGACCAUUGCCUGGGUUCAGAUAUGAUGAGUUAAGACAACGAAAAGUAUGGUUUAAUGGUGUUGCAGGAGGAUUUAAAGAUAAGUUGAAUGAUGAUCCUUCAAAAGGAGUCAUGUUUGGUGAUGAAACACCAUUGCCAGAUGAUGUUGCUAGUGACUGCAGGAAGAUCUUAGAAGAUGAGUGCUUUACUCUGCAAUGGCGGAAGAGUGAUGUUCUGUUGUUGGAUAAUAUGGCAGUUCUGCAUGCAAGGAGACCUUUGAUCACACUACCUCGUCGUGUAUUGGCUUCAUUCUGUAAAUAAAUUUUGUUUAUGUUAUAAAUCGUGAAACUUUUUUUUUUUUUUAAUGUCAUGUGUUUAUGUGUUUACUUGUGAAAUUGUUUGUAAUCUUAGUAUAUGGUUUUAGUAUUAUGUUUUUCUCCCUUCA